AGUAUUUCAUUUCUUGAAAGGUCUUUCUGGAUCGAUAUAAUGACAGAACAAUUUGUGUUAUUGUGUUUCAACUUUUAGAAUUGUUCCAUUAUAGAAGGAAAUUAUUAUUUUAUGUUUAGAGUGCAGAGUAAAAUUGAAAAGUUCGAAAACAAUCAAAACCAUGGUGAAAAUUUUAUACGAAGAAAAAUUAUAUUCUUCAGUUACUUUUCUUUAUUACUAUGCAAAAAUUAUAGGUCUAUGUCCAUUAAAUUUGAAUGGGAAAUUAAAAUUACAAACAUCUUCUCUUUAUCGCCUCUAUGCAAUUUUUCUUUCCAUUUCGUAUAUUUUUCUCUUUAUUUGGUCAAUUAGGUUGAAAUAUACAAUUAUCUUUUCACAUAAACAAAUAAUAGAAGCUACUGAUCUGGUUGAUAUAUUUGUUCACAUUUCACAGUUAAUAGCGACAAUUUUCAUAUGGUUGACAUUUGCAUUUCGUCAAAAGAGAUUGAAGAACAUUGUCAAAAGUUUACAAACAACGAUGAAAUUUUGUCAGCAAUUGAAAAUAUCGAGUAGUUCAUUGAAAAUUAUGGGAAUAAUUCAAAUUUGGUCAUAUUUUGUAUUUUUCUAUUUUACAACAGUCUUUAUUGUUGAUCAAACUUUUCAUUGUAAAAUAUUCUCUCUCUAUAAUUUGAUUUUAUGGGGUUUAUAUCGUUAUCCACAUAUCGUCAUUCAUCAUGUUUAUUUUCUAUUUAUCUCCGUACUGCAAAUAAUUGAACUGAAAUUUUUACAUUUGAAUAAAAUUCUCAAGAAAUGUGGAGAAGAGGAAAUGUUCAAUUGUGCAAUUUUUGGAUAUAGAUUUUCAUCGUUAACUGUUAAAAAAAUUACAAUCGCAAAACAGUUGCACAGUUAUUUAAUAAAAAUUGUUGAGGAUGUUGAAGAUUUUUUUUCAGUACCAAUAUUGUUGAUGUUAAUGGUGAAUUUUGUUAAUACAGUUUCAUCAGUUAAUAUAAUUUAUCAUAUAGUAAUAAAAAAUGCAGAAUGGUAUUGGAUGCUAUAUUUAUCAUCGACAAUGCAUUUUCUUGUUUUGUUUAGUAAUAUUGUCGAACUUUUCUUCAUUUCAACUGCUUCUGGAAGUAUUUCCAACGAGGCAAAUAACACUGGUAUUGCUCUUUGUAAGUUGUGGACAAAUUCAAAAUCAAAUCGGAUGUAUUCGAAAUAAAUUGAAAAUUUCAUUGCAUGGAUUGAUCGAUCUAG